AUGAUCGCCUCUGUGGCAACUUUCGGAAUAGGCAGCGCCGUCGCUGGAUCAUCAGGUUCGAGCGGUAUGCUCACAGCUGGAAGAACCAUCCAGGGAGUAGGCUCCGCCCGGAUUAUGCUGCUCAUGGAGGUCAUCGUGUGCGACAUUGUGCCGCUCCGCCGGCGGGGCAAGUACAUGUCCUUCACGCUUUCUUGGUGCGCUGCGGGAGCAGUUGUCGGGCGGCCGGUCGGCGGUGCCAUCGCUCAGAAGAACUGGAGGUGGAUCUUCUAUCUACGCGUGCCGAUCUCUGGAUUGGUUCUGAUGCUUAUGAUCGUUUGUCUGCGACUCCAGCAUCGCGCGGAGCCCACACGGGCUCGAGCUUUAGCUCGAGUUGAUUGGAUCGGUAAUGGGAUAUUCAUGGGAGCGUUGACAUCGAUCCUGUUUGGAUUGGUGUUCAGUGGCACAGUGUUCCCAUGGAGAUCGUGGCACGUUGUCCUCCCUCUCGCUGUUUGGCCGGUCGGCUGGAUUGCUUUCCAUGGCCUCGAUCGUUCGAAGUACUGUAAAAAACCAACAGUUACGAAACACAUCAUUGGCAAUAGGACCUCUAUCGGCGCGUUGGGCCUUGUGUUCCUCUCAUCAGUCCUCACGACAUGGUUCGCAUUCGCAUGGCCAUUGUACUGGCAGGCUGUUUUCGGAACAUUGCCGUUAAAGGCUGGGACCAACUACCUCGUCUUCGAAGCCUUCGCUAUUCCAUCCGCAGCUGUCGCGGACCAACUGCUGGCGAGGCUAGGCGUAUAUCGACCUAUUCACCUCUUUGGAUUCCUUCUCUCGACCCUAGACGCGGACUCACCCUACUCUUAUCCUCGUCCACAAAAACAGCUAUUUGGGCAGUUUUCCUAG